AACACAUGAAGACAGAAGCUGAUGGAGACACCUGUGGAGGAGCAGAAGCAGCCAGUGACUUGGAUACACCUCUCCUCCCUGACCACCAGAGGUCGCCUUGUUCUGACACUGUUGACAGUGAGGACUGGAGAGAAACCAUUGACCCUGAAUCUGCUUCAAAUUCAAUGGAGGAUCCGAAUGUUCACGUCAGUGGGAAGAAAGAUGAUGCUCUCAACACACUGAUCUGCUCUGGGUGUGGGAGGAAAUGCUCUUCGAAGUCUGAACUGAUUCGACACAUGAAAUCCUGCAGCGGAUCUUUGAGUUGUUCGGUUUGUGGAAAAUCUUUUGAAAAGAAACGUGAUCUAAAAAUCCACAUGAGACUUCACACAGGAGAUGCACCUUACAACUGCUGUGGUGAGAGAUUUACCCAGCGUGAAACAAAGAAAGAACACAUGAAGCUUCACACUGGAGAAAAACCUUUCCAGUGCUCUCAGUGUGGUAAAUGCUUCAUGCAGCACUAUUACCUGAAGGAACACAUGAAAGUUCACACUGGUGAAAAGCCUUUCAGUUGCUUGCAGUGUGGCAAAUGCUUUUCACAGAAGGGCCGUCUGAAUAGUCACCUGACACGUCACUCGGGUGUCAAACCUUUCAGCUGCUCUCAGUGUGGUAAAAGUUUUGCUCAGAAACAUGACCUAAUGAGACACAUGAUAGUUCACACUGGUGAAAAGCCGUUCACCUGCUCUCAGUGUGGCAGGUCAUUUGCUCGGAAGUGUCACUUGGAGGGACACGAGAGAAUUCAUUCUGGGGAGAAACCUUUUGUUUGCUCACUGUGUGGUAAGUGUUUUAAACUGAAACCUUACCUGAAGUGUCACAUGAGAGUUCACACGGGAGAAACACCUUACGAACGCUCUCAGUGUGGUCAAAGUUUUGCAGAGCGUGAAACGUUCAGAUGUUCUCAGUGUGGAAGAUCUUUUGCUCGGAAAUGUGACCUGCAGGGACACAUGAGAUUUCACACAGUUGAAAAAGCUUUCAAAUGCUCUCAGUGUGGUAAGUGCUUCAAGUACCGUACUACACUUAACGCUCACACAAGAAUUCACACUGGAGAAAAACCUUUCAAAUGCUCUCAAUGUGGUAAGUGCUUCAACCGCCACACUACACUUAAAACUCACACGAGAAUUCACACUGGAGAAAAACCUUACCAGUGUUCCCAGUGUGGCAAGUCUUUUACACAGCGUGGGAGUUUUCAGUCACACAUGAAAGUUCACAUGGGUGAAAAACCGUUCAGCUGCUCUCAGUGUGGCAAAUGUUUUAGUCAGAGUGCUGCCCUGAAAGACCACAUGAGAAUUCACACUGGUGAAACACCUUUCAGCUGUCCUCAGUGUGACAAACGGUUUCGAACGAAAGGUAUCCUGAGUGUUCACCUGAUGCAUCAUUCUGGUGAAAAACCAUUCAUCUGCCCUCAGUGUGGCCGUUCUUUUGUUCGGAAAUGUCACCUGGACGGACAUAUGCUUCGAGUGCAUACUAGAGAAAAACCUUUUGUUUGCUCUCAUUGUAGUAAAUGUUUCAAACUGAAACAGUACCUGAAGCAACACAUGAGAGUUCACUCUGGUGACCAGCCUUGCCCUGAGUGAACACGUGUGUUUUGGACAGUUCAGAUACUGAGAAUACUGAUUUCUUGUUUUGUCCAAUUAUGGAAGAGAACUUUUGACAUUGAGGCGUCAUUCGUCCUCUGGUCAGUGUUGGUGCAUGUGAGAUGAGUCUCCUCACUGUUGAUAAUAAUGACAGACACAGUUGUGCAGAUGUGUGUAUCAUUCAUCACAUGGUAUAUUGAGCAGUUUCUCUCUGUCUGUCUGAAAAUGUUUUUCAUUGAGUUUAGCUACGCAAAGAUAAUUGUUGGGGGUAAAGUCAUGAUAUUUUGUAUGAAUUAUUUAUUUAA